GGCAAACAUCGAGCACCGCUUCACUGAACCUGAAGCCUGGCACCUUGAUCGCUGAUCGGGCGCUCAAUGGACCUCCAGGCUGUAGAAGAGAUGCGUACGCCUACCGAGAGCGAGGCGACACCAGAAUCACCGUUGCUCGCUCUUCCUCCAGAGCUGCGAACGCGAAUCUACCACUAUGUUAUCGGCGGUCAGAACAUCCACAUCAGCUCACACAUGAUCCUUGCAGAGGAUCUGGAAGUCAUGAAUUCGCCAUCCUAUGGGUAUACCUACAGGGACAACGCUCAGCGAUUUCUGGCCAGAGACCAGCGUGUUCGAUUCUUCUACACGCUCUGCGAUGUACCGCAUGACGAUGAUGAAGCCUACAAGCAGAGUUGUACCCCUCGAAUCGACAAGAAUGGCCAGCACCUAAACGCUGUCGCACCGUACCGGAGCCGUCAUGCCACAUGCUUCAAGCACCUGGGUCCUUUCACGAGCGGUCCAUCGCAGUACAAGUUGCACCUGCAGCUCCUCCGCACAUGUCGCCAAAUUCACCAGGAAGCUGCGCUGAUGUUGUAUAACGACAACACAUUCUCUUUCUUGCGUGAGAAGGAUGCCCUUCAAUUUCUCGAUUUGGCCCUUCACAGACGACAGAAGCGAGCGUUGCGCUCAAUCGUCCUCUUCGAAGACUACGUCGUAGACAAUCGCUACUACGCCACUGCGCAUCCGGCGAAAGACUUCAACAACAUGCCCAAGCUCAGAGACGUAAGCAUCUUCAUUGACGAUUUCAUGUGUAUCGAUGUAUCGGACUGCCCGCGCUUUCCCAGCCCGAAGACUGUUGUAAAGGCUGUGAUCGGUCGCCCCGAUCCCGACGAAGAUCCAUACGUCCACCGGAACUUGGCUGAAGAAUUGGAGGAAUUGUCGAAGGUCCCCGAGAAAGUGUGGGAAGCCGUCUACGAUUGCUAUUGCGACCACCCAGACCUGGCCGACUUGAGUUUUGAUGAGUGGUUAAGAAGAAAAGGGUGGAUCAAAGCUACAUUGCGAUGGUUUGAAGGAGAAAAGGCUGCCGGUCGAACGCACAAGCGUACUGGCUAUUGCAAUUGCCCUUCUGCGAUAUGUCGCAUGUUCGACACCCCACAGAGCAUCCGGGCUGCUGCUGCAGCUGCAGAUGCCGAAGGUCUCUAAGCAAUUGCUGGAAUGCCUAAGGCUGCGAAAUGCAUGUGAAAGGCAAGCUCUUUCACUCUUCUCCGCGGGACAGUGGUGCAUAUCAGACGACCCACUUGAUACCGGAACAAGCCCAGUUCUCAACGAACCGCGACAACAUCGGACAACUCACAUUUCUGCACGCAUGGCUAUUCCGAUCGCCACUGAUACGAUGCAUGGAGC